AUGGCCGUUGUGCCCCCGCUAGGAUGUGAGCAUUGUUCAAGAAGCCGGUUGCAGGAGCUGGGUUCCCUGGCACGAGCCGUCAACCAGACGGCUUUGACGACGAACGAGUUGGAUGGGACCCUGAUAGCACUCAACACCCGCGCAGACGACGACGCGGCCGCCGAAACCAUACAGACGGUGCUAUGGGUUCUCGUGUCUAUAUCAGCAUUGUUCCUGGGAUUGAGGAUAUACUGCAAGGUGUCCUAUUCGUACACAAAGAUUCGGUUUGAGGAUAUACUCCUCAUAGCGUCUUGGAGGCGCUACUGUGCCCCAAAGCCGCUGCUGACACGGGACACACAGAUGGUUCUUGCAACGGACGCCUCGCUGAACGAAUUCAUCAUCAAGUCCCGGUUUGGCCGCCCCGGGUUCCCCAUUACCGUCGAUAACAUAUCUGUGCUUGCAAUCAUCGGCCUGGCGUCCAUCACCUGCUCGUUUGUUGGCCAGGUUUGGAGCAAGACGGCAUUCGCUAUAUCACUCCUCCGAAUGUGCGAUGGUUGGAAGAAAGCCUUCGUAUGGUUUUCCAUCAUCUCCAUGAAUGUCUUGUUCACAUUCUCCGCAUUGUCAUUCUGGAUUGGGUGCGUCCCUCUCGAAAAGAGAUGGAAGCCCUUUAGUGAGGGAACCUGCUACGAUCUGAAAUGGGUUGUGUCUUUCGGCAUAUUCGUUAGUGUUUACUCUGGUGUGCUAGACAUCGCGUUGGCCAUCGUUCCAUGGCUAAUCCUAAUGCGGCCCACCCCGGCCGAAGCAUCAUCGGGACUGACAUUAAGCAAGAAAGAGAAGAUUGGCGUCUCCGUGGCGAUGAGUAUGGGAGUUUUAGCCGGCAUGGCUGCGUUUGUCAAAGCCUCCUAUAUGCGGUCCGUGAACGAUGUCACUGGUGACUUCUCUCGUGAGUUCAGUUCUUGGUCAUGA